AUGUCACAGUGGUCACAACGGCCAGACUGGACAAUCUCAUUACUUUCCCGGCAGGGCGCUAUGAAAAUCUUCGACAUUGGUCUUGCGAGAUCUUGCACUGCUGCCCAAUGCCCCCUAGCAUGCAGAGCGAAUCUCAGCCACUCCCACUGUCCGCUCUCUUUCAUAAUUCUCAAACAGCCCAUCGACGUCCCAAACCUGCACCACAGGCCGAUCCUGCUAACACACAAUCAGCAGCUGGUCCCACAGCAGUAUCCACCAGCAUCCAAGCCCCCAUCCCAUGACGCAAUCUGGCUCACCACUGCCGGUCUGCUUCAGGAAAACACCCCAAGGCCCAAUACUCAGGUGGUCACUCUUCCCCAACCUUUUGUCAGACCAGAAAUGUCCAUCGCUGGCCUGCUAUCCCAUGGCUUCAACUCGAACGUGUUCCUUGGAAUGCUUCCCAUGUCAUCGAGAAACACCGCCUUCGUUGGAUCCAACACGACAGGGCGUAAGAAAGCAUCUGCCAUGCAAAUGGCAUGGGGACAUGGCGAAGCACCUACAUGUCACGUCCUCAUCUAUCCCUUUCUCAGUCCGGAGCAUCAUCAACAAGCCAUCAAGGAUGCAGAUCCUAGCGUUCAAACCGGAUACCCACUCCCCCAGUCUGACAUAUACCAUCUUGAGCAUGUCGACGUUGCACCAUUUUGGGAGCACAUGCAAAAGCUUGAUCUUUGCAUCACCUUCUAUGCCAAUGCUAAUGACAAUUACAGGACAAUUCACGAUAAACUUCUCAUGCAUAAUGCAACAGCUGGGAAGCCCCAGAUUCCCGGCCUCAAGACUGAUGACCUGGCUAAUCUCAGCUUUCAAAACAUGGGCUGGUGUUUCCUACAGCUCAUGUCCCGCAAAGGGGAUCUGUCUCUUCUCAUUGUCAACAAGAAAAUUAAUGAGGGUCAGGCCACAAUUGACCAUUUCAUCCACCACAGAAGCCUGGAGUCCAAGUUUCUGCCCAAACGUGGCAAAAAUCAUUCAGCUGUGCUCAGUCAGUUUACCCUGGUGAUUG